CAUGCGGCUUGGACCAUAAUAAAAUCGAGCCUUGAACUGGGUGGUUAUAUGAUGCAGUGGACCGGGCACUAGUGGAAGUGAAUAGUUCUGACUCGAGUGAGAUUGACCUUCAAUAUGGCAGAUAAGGAGAAGGAGGCAGGGCUGGAGCAAACCAAGGAGGCAGAGCAGGAGCAACCCAAGGAGUUUGAUGACAUCCUGAACGCUAUCGGUGAGUUUGGGAAAUGGCAGAUCGUGCUGUUUUUCCUGGCCUCCUUGAUCGGCAUCAUGACUGCCAUGAACACGCUGGCCCAGGUUUUCUACGCCGGAGAGUCCGACCACUGGUGCCGCGUUGCCGCCUGGGAUGAAGCCAACUGCACCGGCACGGCCAAACCCAACGACUGGGAGUGUCUCGUGGAGAAGCGGGAUGCAUCCAUCCCCCUGGUGACCGACAAUAAUGGAGAUCGCGUCUACGAUAGCUGUGUCAUGUACGAUGUCCGAGGGGAGACCUACGUCCCAGGAGUCAACUCCAGUUUCUACGGCAUUCCGAAUACCACGAAGUGCGUUGAUGCGGAUGGGUGGGUGUACGAUACAAGACAAUAUGAGACAACCAUCAUAAACACUUUUGAUCUGGUGUGUGACGAGUCUGGUCUGGUUAGUCUAGCUCAGUCUAUCUACUUUGCCGGCCUGCUCGCUGGAUCAUUCAUAUUCGGGUCCUUAGCUGACUGUCUCGGCCGAAAGCCGACAAUCUACCUGGCCACGAUAUUAUUCCUCGUGUCAACUCUUGGCAAUGUGUUCUCACCCAACAUGAUCGUAUACAUGAUCCUGAGAUUCUUCGUGGCUGCCGGCGGUUUGGGGGCGUACCUGGUCGCCUACGUCCUCGUCGCUGAGUUUGUCGGUCCGAGCAAGCGAGUCCUGGUCGGCAUUUCCAUCCAAUUCUUCUUCGCCACGGGUCUGACGAUCUUGCCACUUCUCGCCUUCCUGAUCCGCACCUGGAGGUUCCUACAGCUUUGCAUUUCGGUUCCCAUUGCCCUGUAUUUUCUUCUGUACUUUUAUAUGCCAGAGUCAGCACGUUGGCAGAUGUCCAAAGGCAAAUUCAGACCGGCGGAGAAGACGUUGAGGAAAGUGGCGGCCACAAACAAGAGGGAAUUUCCCGAGGAAAUGUUCUCACCCGAGAAUAUCGCUACCUCAAUGGAAAAGGCGUCGUCGGGACAGCAAACGGCCGUCGGACUGUUCCGCACUCCAAACAUGCGUAUCAAAACGUUGAAUAUAAUGUUCAACUGGUUCGUGAACAGUCUGGUAUACUACGGUCUUGGCCUCAGCACGUCAGACCUCGGCGUAGACGACUACAUGGCUAGUGCCAUCGCGGCACUCGUCGAGUUCCCUAGCUACGUCUACUGCAUCUUCGCACUGCAGUACUUCGGCCGCCGCAUCAACCUGAGCGGUACCAUGGUGAUAGGGGGCGCUGCCUGCAUCACCACUGCUUUUCUGGAAUUGGGGAUUACGCGGACGAUCAUCGCCAUGAUUGGAAAGUUUUGUAUCGCUGGGUCGUUUGCCAUCAUCUAUGUGGUGUCGGGCGAAAUAUACCCUACACCUGUCAGGAGCGCGGGGAUGGGCUUAUCCUCAGUGACGGCCCGUAUCGCUGGCAUCAUCUCCCCGUUCAUGUUGGAGCUCGAGUCGUUCUGGAAACCACUCCCCUUCGUCUUGUUCGGAGUUCUGUCGAUUGUUGCCGGCCUGCUCGCCUUACUGCUUCCAGAGACCAACAACAAGAAACUUCCCGAGACACUGGAAGAGGGAGAAGAAUUUGGAAAGCCUAAGUGUCUAGGAGGCGGCAGCGAAGAAGCGGACGAUGUUGCCAUGGUAACCGUUGCUAUGAGCGUCAUAGAUACCAAGCAAGGACUAGACAAUGUUGCAUUCGAAGAGAAAGGAACCCAAACUUAAACCAAUCAUCCGUUUUUAAUUUUUCAGCAAACUGCAAAUGAUUUUCAGGCAUGGAUCCGGGGG